GACUGCUUUGUCUUAAGAAGCCUUUACUUUUCCACUUCUUUCGUAAAGCAUCUUUUCAAUCUGAUAACAGAUCUCAUGGUUUUCUCUACAACAUGCAAUCCUCCGCUCCAUUCGCCGACGUCGAGAAACGUGGGUCAAAUAGCUCGCAAGGCUCUGGAGAUGCUGUCAUCGACAUCGACAUCGAUAUCGGCAGUCGUGCAGUCACGCUAGUGAAUAAGGACAUACCCCGCCCAAAACUAUCUCGUGCUCAGAUAGAUAAAGAGAUUAACACAACUAAGACCAUACCUUUGCAGGAUUAUUCGACAGGCUACCCCCUACAAGCAGCCUUCCAGUCGAGUGAGUCAAGCUGGUCCAUUUACCGUGGCUUCAGCUAUCUUCACGCUCGUGUCAUACUUGACUUGCAAGACGAGUUACGCUGUCUGGAAGAAGACCUUGAAGAGAUAGAUCUCGAGAACGAGGGGGAGAACCGGCUGCGCUCCCGUAAAGAUGACCUCAAGUACGCAAAGGAGAAAGGUGUAGUGAGCCCGCGUGCAUGCAUACUGGACAACAUAAGGAGCAAGCUCAUUAGCUACGAUGAAGUACUUCUCAAAGCCAGAGAACUCAACGCUUUCCAACGACCGUCGAAGCGCGAUUAUCGCAGCUUUCGCACAUGGUUUUGGAACAAGAAACCGCUCAGCUACGAACUAGAAGAGCAGUUCAUAAAGCGCAAAGAAGACCUCGUUUCACUCCGACAUGGUCGCGAAUGGUCUGGUUUUGAUGGCUUCAUCGAGUCGUGCAUCCAGAGAGUGCAUUGUCGCAUCGUCCAGAGGAUCUUCGCAACCAAAGAGCUUCGUGAGAAGACCAACGACGAGCAUGUGCACUACUAUUCACAGUCUCGUAUUGAGAAACUCGUCGGUUUAUUUAUUACGCUCAUAAUCUUCAUACUACUUGUACUUCCAGUCGUCGCCAUGUACAAGUUGACCUCUGUAGGAGACCGCAACUCCACCUUUGACGCCGUCGGCCUCUUGGUGGUGUUCACAUUGCUGUUUUCGGCUGCUAUGAGCCUUUUGACCAAAGCCAAACGCCACGAACUCUUUGCUGCAAGUGCAGCGUACUGCGCAGUGCUGGUAGUGUUCAUCAGCAACUUCAAUAACGAUUCGAGUCGCUGAUAGGAUCGAACCGAAUUCAAUAACGUGCGGUACAAGCGGUAGCAUCUCUCUUGGUCUUUUUUUGUUGUGCAAUUCCUCGUUACUUGUCCUUUUCUUCAUCUGGCCGCUGGUUAUGUGCUUGUAAUGUAGACCAUCCUAUAGGUAUGAUAGUUUCAGAGUUCCUUUUGAAGCUGGUAUUUCCAAUCACGGACCAUGUAGAACAUAAGAUCAAUGUAUUCAGGUUUCCUCGUAUCUGGGUGGUCCCCAAUGCCGGUCCCCUGAUGACCGUGGUAUAACCUCGAGCCCUGGGAGCAAAUCUGUAGGGGCGUACCAGUAGUAGGC